CAUCCUGAUGGUGAAAAUUUUGAUGAAAAAAAUUGGAUUGGAUCUUUAAAAAAUUUUCAAAAUUGGGAUUGUAUAGAAUUCAAAAAUCCUAUUAAUAUAUUUCAAUUUUUGUCUUACGAUUUACGUAAAGAAUUAUUUGUAUCCAUCGGAAAAAAAAUAUUAUAUACGAGUACUGAGGAUUUUGAUUAUGAUUUAUAUGAAGCUGGAAUGUACCGAAUUUUUGAAUUAAAUGAUAUACCAACAUAUAUGUCUAGAAUUAUUCAAAAUAAAGAUGCUGAUUGUGAUGUCUUUGCAUCUGUAAUUAAUACUGAAGAUUCAAGAAAUGUUUUUUUUAAUUGCCAGAUUCUUCGUGCCGAUGGAUCAAAUGAAAAACCAAGUGUUAUGAUUCAUGGCAUCCAAAAGGAAUUUCGGAAAUGCAAAUAUAAAUUGAAGAUUAAUAUAAUUAUAAUCGGUUAUGAUAUAUAUUUUCUUUCAAACGAUAGUGUAGAAUUAAUAAAAGAAAAAUAUAAUUCACAAAGCAAACGUGAAUUUGAUAGUAUAACAUUACAACAUAAAUUAAUUGAAAGAAAUAUUCCUUUCUUUGGCAUUCCUAUAUUAGGCAACCUUAAUUCUUCAAGUGAUUCAAAAAAUUCCUUUAUAAUUGGACAUAAUUUUCGCAAAUUAAAUAAUGUACUCAAAAUUGAUAC